CAAGAUGGCGGCGGCGGCGGCGCUGGGCGGGAGAGGCGGCGGUGGUGGAGGAGGUAGUGGGGCUGGCGGUGGCUCUAGUGGCGGGACAGGCAGCAGCCGCAGUGGCUUGUUGGAUAAGUGGAAGAUUGAUGAUAAGCCUGUAAAAAUUGACAAAUGGGAUGGAUCUGCUGUGAAAAACUCUUUGGAUGAUUCUGCCAAAAAGGUACUUCUGGAAAAGUACAAAUACGUGGAGAAUUUUGGGCUAAUCGACGGUCGCCUCACCAUCUGUACCAUCUCCUGUUUUUUUGCCAUUGUGGCUUUAAUUUGGGAUUAUAUACACCCCUUUCCAGAGUCUAAGCCAGUUUUGGCUUUGUGUGUCAUAUCCUAUUUUGUGAUGAUGGGGAUUCUGACCAUUUAUACCUCGUAUAAGGAGAAGAGCAUCUUUCUUGUGGCUCACAGGAAAGAUCCUACGGGGAUGGAUCCCGAUGAUAUUUGGCAACUGUCCUCUAGUCUCAAAAGGUUUGAUGACAAAUAUACCCUGAAGCUGACUUUCAUCAGUGGGAGAACAAAACAGCAGCGGGAAGCCGAAUUCACCAAGUCCAUUGCUAAAUUUUUUGAUCAUAGCGGGACACUGGUCAUGGAUGCGUAUGAACCUGAAAUAUCCAGGCUCCAUGACAGUCUUGCUGUAGACAGAAAAGCAAAAUAGAUCAUUCUAAAAGCAGCCCUCUUUCUGCUGGACCAUGCAGAAUUACUGGGUGGGUUGGGUGAAGAAAUGGAAUUUAAAAUGGGUAAAGAAUUGUUUAAAGUGUCCCUGUUUUGUCUUGAAAUUUUAGUCCACUCAUAGGAUUUUCUAGCACAGAUAUGAGAAGUUGUAGUUCUUAUGUCUAGCUGUAGCUUCCUUAGUCUGCUGAUUGUGUUGUUUUGAUUUGCUUUUCUGGAAAGGCGUUUUUGCUGGAAGCUAUCUAGAAUUUUUUUUUCUUACCUAUACUAUUUUAUAUAGUGUAGCUUUGUGCCAUGCAGCAUUUGAAGACUCAGUUUUUAAAAAUGAUUAACCUGUUGCUAGCUUUGUGUUAAUUCCUGUUUCAACAACUUUCCCUAAAGAAUUCAGGAUACAACUUGUGUAUGACAGCUUUCUGUUAACACCAUUUUUGUGGAUGUGUGUAUGUCUAACUUGGGGA